AUGUCUAGCUUGAAUCUCUACGACACAGCUAUCGGACCUGUUAUUGGUACGCUCAGAGCGCUCUCAGUCAUUUUGAAAAAGGGCGAAUCCCACCUCGAUGCCAAAUGUCUUCCACACUCGACACUCCUCAAGGCUCGUAUAGCACCGGACAUGCAUCCACUGCCAUAUCAGGUACAAGUAGCAAGCAACCUCGCCAAAUUCAUCGCCGUACGUAUCGCGGAUGUGCCGAACGAGUUCUGGAUCGAUGAUGAAGACACCUUUGCCGACCUGCAUGAUCGAGUGGCCAAGACCAUUGCAUUUCUCGAAAGGGUAGACCGCGAAUGGUUCGACAAGAAAGAAGACGUCGAGAUCACACUGCGCCAUAUGAAAUUCACGGGGCUGAGCUACGUCACAGUUUACUCGCUACCGAAUUUCUAUUUCCAUGCCGUGACGAUCUACAAUCUGCUCAGAAUGAGCGGUGUGGAGAUCGGAAAGAAGGACUGGCUCCAGUUGUGA